AUUCAUUCCAUAAAAAAAAAUCAUCUCAAUAUAUACAAAUUCAAGAAAUUAAGUAAUCAUGAAGUCUAUUGCAAUACUAGUUCUAGUUGUGCUAGCUGUGGUCCAGCUAGCAAUGGUUGCACGGGGCGCAAUCACUUGUGGCCAAGUGGAUGCUAACUUGGCACCCUGUGUCCCAUUCCUGACACAGGGUGGCGAGCCUGGUGCAGCAUGCUGCAGCGGAGUGAAAACCUUGAAUGGCAACGCUCAGUCCUCUGAUGAUAGAAAGACUGCUUGCAAUUGUGUUAAGGCUGCUGCGAAUCGAUACCCCAACCUUAAAGAUGAUGCUGCUCAAUCUCUCCCUAGCAAGUGCGGCAUAUCCGUCAAUGUCCCUAUCUCCAGGACCGUCAACUGUGACACAAUCAGUUAAAAUCAGCUGGAUGGUUCUGGGAAUAUUCUCUCCUCAAUGUUGUUAUAAUGUAUUAAAUAAACCAAGGGUUGUCAAACCCUUGAACGUUGUAAACAUACUCAAAAUUACUAAGAAUUAAUUUGAGUAUAUAUGUUGUUGUUCAACUAAUGUGUUGUUUUUUUUUAAUAAUAAGAGUUCAAAUGAUCGAUCAAUAC